GGGCACUAAUCUCAAAACACUUGAUUAAUUAGGAAAAUGGCUGCCACUUUGUUUCUGGCUUUUCUUUGUUUUUCUCAAGUUAUCUACUUGAAUGCCAUCCCAAUUACAAGAUGCAAUAGUUUGGUGUACAAAACUCAACAACAUGAGAAUACUCAAAUGGAGAAUAUGGAGGUCGAGAGUAUGAAACUAGGUGAUGCCGUCAUUAGAAGAAUGGAUGUUGAGGUCAAUGACUAUCCAGGUUCUGGCGCGAAUAAUCGCCACACUCCGGGCCACCCCUAGAGAUAUGAUGGAUGUGUGUUCAUGAUUAAUGAGUAUGAUCUUAUUAUAUGUACUCAUACUUAAUGACUUUUGCAUAUGUAUGUAUGCAUAUAUAGUUCAAGCUGAGAGCAAUGCGUUCACCCACAAUCUGGCCUCAGGCUAAAUAUGUUGAGUGUGUUUGUAAUAAGUAGUGAAAGAUAUGUGUGCUUUAGAUGUUUAGGAGUACUGUGUUAUUAUGGAAAGCUAAUAAUUAAAGGGAUUCAUCUUUUCUUAUAUACAUAGUACUUGUGUUUA